CGUGUGUUUUGGGUCCUGGGUCAACGUGGUCGGUGUGUAUGUGUUCCUGACAUGUUUGUGUUGUUUUGGUUCGGUUUUAAGUCAGAAGUCAGAGCGCUGGUGGACAGUGUGGUGGUGCGAGGGGCUCGUGUGGACCACCAUGAUGCCGGGAGAGAAGCAGAGCGAAGCCGGUGGAGUCGCCUCUGAAGCCUCGGCCGGAACCUGUGAAACCUGCGGGCUGUUAACUCGGAGCCUGGAUGAAUACAUGGCUGCGUUGUUGACAUUGAAGCAGAAGAUCAUUGACACAGACCACCUGCUGAGUGAGUACAAAGAGAAGUGUGAUGAGCUUCAGCAAUCACAAAGAGAGAGCAGCAAGCUACACAAACAGCUGGAUGAGGUGCUGCUGAAACUCGGUCCUUUAGAAAAGCAGAUGGUGGAUUUUGAGGCAGUUAAAGUUGAACUGGAAGAAGCAAAGGCUGCUCUGAAGACCUAUCAGCAGAAAUCCGAGGAGGUGGACAGUUUGAGAGAACAGAAUUCAAAGACACUUGCUUUGAAUAAGAAGCUGGAAGACAAUAUCAAGAUGGCUGAAGAUGCAGCAAAAUCUGAAAGUUUAGAAAAUACAAAACUGAGAUCUGAGAAGAAAACCCUAGAAGAAGAUCUGCAGAAGACUCAGGAAUACCUUGGGAUGUGUCAGCAGGCAGCGGAGGAGGUGGAGAACCUGAGACUACAGAAUGCCAAGACGUUGAUUUUCAAAAGUAAUCUUGAAAAUCAGCUGCUGGCACUUGAAGAUACAAAAUUUAAACAGAGUAAUGAAAUCACAGAUCUGAAAAGAGAAAAUGGUGUGCUUCAAGAAAACCUUCUGGAAAUGCAGAAUAAACUUGAGAAAUUGGAAAACGAAGUUAACAAAGAAAAAAGAAGUGCAUCUACACAAACCAGGUUGGAGCCAAAAGUUGACAAAGUCAAAGUUAGAAUGCUCUUAGAGGAGCUCUGGCAUUGUGUGGAACCACUGCCCCAAACCACAGAAAUGUUGGACUUCAGUGCAGAAACCACAGACAAUCAGCACUUAUCCAUCUUCUCAAAAUUCAGACUUCAAAAACUUCCAUUUCAACCACUGCCAGCCAGUCCUUGUAGAAAGCAGAUUCCACACUUGGCUCCAUCGACCCCUGCUAAAGGGAUGAAGUCUCAAGCACCAGGCACCUCCAGCUCCAUUUGGAAAGUGUCUCCUGGAAGGAGUAAGUCUGAAUCUUCAUUCGAAGACAAGACCACUCCAAGUAAAGUACAAAGUAACAAAAACCCAGGCAGGAAGAAGAAAGGGAGCCUCGGAUCAGAGGAGCUCAGUCAUAUAGGUACAUGGAUUGACAAAGCCAAUAUUGAUGGUAAUAAUGGUCACUCAUCAGACAGAGAUGGCAGCAGAAACGGCACAGAUUUGUGGGACAUUCUGGAUUUCUUCAAGCCUUUACCUACAGCUUUGUCUCCGCUGCAUGUUUCUGAUGAAUUGACUGAGAUGGAUAGUGACCCAUCAAUAUCCAGUCCAAAAGAGGACUCUUUAUCAAAUGACAAAGAUGCCAAACAACUGACAAAGUCUACAGAGCCAAACCCUCUGAAGGAUGAUGUAGUAACUGCAUCUGUCAUUUCCUCACCUGGCUGUUUCAUAAAAUCUGAUCUUUUUAACACAGAAGUGUCAUCAUUUCCUCAUAAUACUACUGAUGAGAGCUUUUUGUCAGAGAGCCAAGAGAUGGAAGUUGAUAAGCCCUCUGAAGUGAAGGAAAACUUACCCUGUGCAGUUACAGUAGCAGAUUUACAAAAUGAACACGAAAGCAUCACAGUGAAACCAGAUAGAAUCACAGUCACAGCAGAAUCACAGCUGAACGCUAUGGAAAAACAUCUCCGUGUUCGUUCACCGUCUGUUGGCAGUGAAUCACCUAAUGCACUUUGUAAUGAAGCAAUCCAUAAAGGUUCAGAUUCUGGACAGAAUGUUGACCACAAGUGCCUAGAUACUCAUGAUGAUGCAUCUCAUGAUUGUCAUUCUGGAGACAAAGUAAAUAUGACUGAGAAGUCUUCUGAGAUUCCAGGAAGAGACUCUGAGACAGUGCCAGAAAGUUCAGUGCAGAAAAUCCCAAACAGCUUGACUCCAGAAGCCCCCAUUGAAGGAGAUUUAAAGACCAGUGAUAAUCAGAACAAUGUUAAUGGACAAGAACACGAUUCCUCCAGUAUGAAAGUCAAUGGCGUUUCUCUUGUUGGGUCCUCAAAACAUGAGGAACUAUCAGACGAUGAGGAGUUUUUUGGUCUGAAGAGAAAAGUUAGAGGGAAUUUCUCAAAACCUGGCCCAAAGAGUUCCCCUGAUAAUUUGAACUGUAUUAGUGUAUGCACACCACAAGCAGUUGGAAAGGAAACAUCUGAAGAGAAAUUUCAGAAAACGAAUUCCAAAACUGAAGAUGAAAGACAUCUUGAAUUAUCCAAAACUAUACCUGAUCCUGAGAAUGAGAAAGGUGCCAGCAGUUUAGUGGACAAAUCCGUUAUGGAGCACACCUCUGAGCCUGAAAUGCCCGAAGACGAUGGUAACCAAGAGGCAGCACCAGCACAGAAGCACAAAGAUGAAUUGGUGAAUCUUCCUCAAAAAUCCCUGCAAAUCGUUGAUACACAAGAGGAAAAUUCUCUGUCUGAAGCUCUUAAGCCCACUGUUGAAAAGGCAGACACUAUUCCUUUCACUGGCCCAAAAGAACUUGACACAAAAGCAGAAGACUCAAGUGUUAAGCCUCAGGAUGUUUGUUCAGCUGUACCAAAUCCAGUGAAACUGUCUGGUACAGAUAGAGAAGUGAAUCUAUCACCACUUACAGCUUUUGCUUCCAGAAAUGCCCUUACAUCAACCCCAUCUCCAGAGUCAAUUGGACAUGUUCGUAUGGCGAUGGGACCACCACUACCUCCAGCUGUUAUGCCACUGACUGCUACUCCUCCAAAAUUUGGAAAGCCACAUACUCUGAUUAGCCCCAGUGGGCAGUUGCCUUCCUGGUUACCAUCAGAGGGACCACUUUCUCAGGAUCCGCAGCAAACAAUGUCCUUUCUUGAGUCAGGUCUUCAAGAUGAAGCAAAGAGAUCUCCUUGUCUGACCACCCCUUCACCAUCUAGAGGAGUUCCCUCUUCCCCAUUACAGUUUGGAUCUGCAACUCCAAAACACGCUGUUCCUGUCCCAGGAAGACUGCCAUCAGCUCUGAACUCCUCAUCUCCCACUACCUCACAGGAGAAUUCCAUGCAGAUACUGGACACCAUGUAUCCAGAACUCUCUGCCCAAGCUCGGACUUUGAACAUCCUGAGAGGAAAUGUUACCCUCGGCAGGACAGGCAGCGAGAGUGGGGCCUCACCACCCUCUGUUAAUCAAAUCUCAGGUAACAAAACCAUCAAUUCCUCAUCCACGGCCUUCACCAAGACGGAGCAAAAAGUAAAAAGGACAGGAGUGAACGUGCUACUGCCAAAAAGUGCCAAGAAGCUCCGGCUUGAUGCCUGUUCACCUGCUGCUGUUGACACUACCUCUCCCAUGGCAGUUAACAAUGAUCAGGCAACUGAUGUAGUAGAAUCAUCAGAAUCCCAUCCAAUGAAUAGUCCAUCAGGCAGCAAUCAGGAACAGGGAACGGAAAGCAAACCUCAAACCAAACAAAAUGACAAAGAGGUCAAAAUCUCUGAUGCAAUAGAAAAGCUUCAGAGUUCGUGUUUUGAUGUGCUGCCUGUAAUCAAGAGCCAUGUGUUUCUUGGACGAAUUUCUGAGGUUCCUGUUCUCAGAGAUGAAGAAAAAUCUGUCAUUUCUGAAUUCUGUUCCAACCAGAGCCCUGCAGAAGAAUUCAUGGCUGCUAUUUUAUCCAAAAUAAAAGCACAAAGAGAUGUUUUGAAGCAGGAAUUCCUGCAGUCCAUUUGUAGAGUCUACAUAGGCUUGUGUCGUCAAAGAGGAGAUAUUCAAAAAGCCCACGCUCUAGCAUACAGCAUCCUGAAAGAAAAUUUCCCUGAAGCCCCAAAGCUGAUUUUAUUUAUGGUGACCACAUGGCCAAGCAUGCUGUGCUAUGACAACUGUUUGUGCAAAGCUAUUCAUACAGUGAGCAAGCUGAAAGCAGAGGGAGAGAUUUUAGAUUGCCUGACUGUGUAUCUGCACUGGGAUAAGACGCCUCCAAGCGACAUCCAUAAAAUGAUCAGCAGCAUUCUGAAAGCACUUCUAGAGGAUGACAACCUGAAAUUCCUGAAGCAUGAUCGCCAUGGUGAUGACCUCUGCCCCACUGCCUGGGAAUACAUCUUUACUUUGGAUCUUCUGUGUGCACAUCUGGGAUGGAAGUGGACUCAUGACAAUAUUAUUGGGAAAGAGCUGUGGCCAGUCAUGAACACAUGGGUGUCACAACCAAGACUUCAGCAAACACCAAUCCGAGAUGUUUGUGUGGCAGCGGUUUUGAGACUUAUUGGGAGACUUACUCAGCUGGGUAUAAAGGAGAAGCUAUGCAAGUCUGUUCAAAAUGUAGCAAAAGCAAUGAACCUCUUUGCCAAACAUGGAAUAACAGAAGGUGUGCCAUGGGAGGUGCAGCUAUCUGCCAUCUACACCAUUUAUGACCUGGCACCCAUCGACCCCAAAGAAGCCCUGGAGGCCUUGGCAUCAUGGCGCGGAGAAACCACACAGCCGGUUCCCUCAGGCAUUAUGAGCUGCAUAAUGCAGAUCGGCUCUCUGUGCCGUCAGAUCAGACCAUAAAGCAUCUGUGGAUCACAACCUGUUUGUUUACAUUUGCACAUUCUUUGGUUUUGCCUCAUUUCGAUGUUUGAAAUCCCUUGGAAUAAUGUGCCGUUGUAUUACUGGCUUCCUGGUGCAAGUUAAGUGAUCUUGUUUCUAAUAUCAAAAUAUAUGACUAUUUGAUGGAAGAAACAAGGUGAUGAUUGUUCAUUUGUAAAUUAUUGUACAUUUUGUUAAAAGUAUAAAGCUGUUGAUAAGUUUAACAUAUUAAAACCCGUUUACCUACACUUUUA